GGCGGGAAAAUCGAAAUGGCAAAAACAAGAAGAUAAUCCGCGAAAAGAAGAAAAAAAAUCCCUCAUUUCAAUUUCUGUGCACCUAAAAAGUUUUCCUCCGCCUCUAUCAUUUUCGUCAGUCGAAAAAAUUGCAGAAAAAAUUUUACAAAAAAUGGAAGGCAGCGAAAGCGAAGCAAUUUUCGAAUCACUGAAUCUGAAUCCGCAGCUGUUCAUCAACGAAGUCCUCAAUUGCGUCGACGAUUUAGUGGACGAAGCCUUCACUUUCUUCAACCAGCAAGCAUCAGCGGUUUUGAAAACGGACGGUACGGAUCGAUCGGAUGAUUUGACUAAGGGUGUGGCCAGUAUAAGGAACAUAAUUCAGUCCAGUUUGGAAAAAAGGUUGAGUAUGUGGGAGAAGUACUGUUUACGCCAUUGUUUUGUUGUUCCAGAAGGAUUUUCCUUGCCCAAAGCUAAUGGCUCAUCUAAUGACACUUCAAUGGACCUCGACACUGUUGAUGAUUCAGAAUUGGACAAGCAGUUAGAUUCUCUGAGAGACAAGCUCAUUUUGGUUGGUAAAGAGUCUGCUCAGCUUAACAGUGAGAUCCAAUCAUUAGAGAGGCAAUCAGACUUAAUCAAUAGCUCUGCUGCUUCUAUCCAUGAAGCAUUACAGCUAUAUGAGAAACACUCUAUGGAUGAUAUGUUGAAAGAGUUGAUUAAAUAUUCUUCAGAAUUCCAUGCAAAGGUGGACAAGCUGAGAAGCAGUAGAUUUGAGGACAUUGAACAUGGUAGAGCAGAGAGGAUUCACAUGCUGAAUGGAGACAUCUCCAAAGCUAAUCGUCGCUUUGGGCUUUUCAAUGCUAAAAUUGAAGAACUGCAAGAACUUUUGGACGACAUGAACACUAGGUGAAUUUCUGCCUAGUGACUUCAUUCCCAUUCCUGUAAACAAAUGCUAUGAUACUGCUGUAGUAAUUGUAAAAUUCUCGUUUUCAGUUUUUAUUGCUCAUGCAAUGUACGAGAUAGAUGAUCUUGAACAGUAUUAAAACUUUAAUCUCGUCAUUUCUCAUAUAAGUUUCGUUUGACAUGUUAUGAAUGUUUUUGCUACCCAUGCCAAUUGUCCAUGUAAAUUGACUUUGGAUUGCCCAGAA